CUCCACGCUUCUACUGAAUGGCAGUGAGGCUUACGGAAGGGGGCGGUGUCUAUGGCGACCCUGACGCGUCCCCUAUUCUGAGAGGCUGGCUGGGCUUUCGCCAAUGGGCUGGAAGGCUCUGGAGGGAGGCGGGGAUUCUCUCGACCAAUCGGUAGGCUCGUACUCUUUGCCGCUCUAUGCCGCUCCGCCCUGUCUCGCUGGUCCCAGAAGGCGCCGGGUUUCCCAAGAUGGCGGCCGACGUGUCCGUUACUCACCGGCCCCCGCUAAGCCCGGAGCCUGGGGCCGAGGCUGAAGCCACCGAGACCACAGAGCGCCGGGCGCCUGAAGAAGAGCUGCUGCCGCUAGAUCCAGAAGAGAUCCGGAAACGCCUGGAACACACCGAAAGACAGUUUCGUAACCGCCGCAAGAUACUGAUCCGGGGCCUCCCGGGGGACGUGACCAACCAGGAAGUACACGAUCUGCUCAGCGACUAUGAGCUCAAGUACUGUUUUGUGGACAAAUACAAAGGGACAGCUUUCGUGACCCUGCUGAAUGGGGAGCAGGCCGAGGCGGCCAUCAGCGCCUUCCACCAGAGCCGCCUGCGGGAUCGCGAGCUGUCGGUGCAGCUGCAGCCCACAGAUGCGCUGCUGUGCGUGGCCAACCUGCCCCCGAGCCUCACCCAGGCCCAGUUCGAGGAGCUGGUACGGCCCUUCGGUAGCCUGGAACGUUGCUUCCUGGUGUACAGCGAGCACACCGGCCACUCCAAGGGGUACGGCUUCGCCGAGUACAUGAAGAAGGACUCGGCUGCCCGUGCCAAGUCAGACCUGCUGGGCAAGCCGCUGGGCCCCCGCACGCUGUACGUGCACUGGACAGACGCUGGCCAGCUCACUCCAGCCCUGCUGCACUCCCAUUGCCUUUGUGUGGACCGCCUGCCACCAGGCUUCAAUGACGUGGACGCCCUGCGCCGGGCACUAUCAGCCGUGCACGCUCCCACCUUCUGCCAGCUGGCGUGUGGCCAGGACGGGCAGCUGAAGGGCUUCGCUGUGCUGGAGUACGAGACUGCCGAGAUGGCCGAAGCGGCGCAGCAGCAGGCUGACGGCCUGGCCCUGGGGGGCAGCCACCUGCGCGUGUCCUUCUGUGCCCCGGGACCCCCAGGCCGCAGCAUGCUGGCGGCGCUCAUUGCUGCCCAAGCCACGGCCCUCAACCGUGGCAAGGGGCUCCUGCCCGAGCCCAGCAUCCUGCAGCUACUCAGCAGCCUGGGCCCGUCCGCCUCCCUUCAGCUGCUGCUCAACCCGCUGCUCCACGGCGGCGCGGGGGGCAAGCAGGGCCUCCUGGGCGCGCCCCCUGCCAUGCCACUGCUCAGCGGACCGGCCCUGUCCACAGCAUUGCUGCAGCUCGCCCUGCAGGCCCAGAGCCACAAGCCCGGGAUCCUGGGAGACUCGCCCCUGGGCACCCUCCAGCCUGGGCCUCAGCCAGCCAAUGCCCUCCUCGGGGACCUGUCAGCAGGGGGGGGUCUGGCCCCAGAGCUGCCGCCUCAGCGAGGAAAGCCACCACCCCUUCUGCCACCUCUGCUGGGCCCCUCUGGGGGUGACCGGGAGCCCAUGGGCCUGGGUCCCCCAGCAGCCCAGCUCACCCCACCCCCUGCCCCUGUGGGGCUCCGAGGCUCAGGUCUCAGGGGCCUGCAGAAGGACAGCGUGCCCCUGCCCGCACCCCCUGGGGUCUCGCUGUUGGGGGAGCCCCCCAAGGACUACCGGAUCCCCCUGAAUCCCUACCUGAACCUCCACAGCCUGCUCCCAGCCAGCAGCGUGGCUGGCAAGGAGCCCCGGGGCUGGGGCUCUAGCACGAGAGGCCGCCGCCCUGCCGAGGGGCCCCUGCCCAACCCCCCAGGCCCGGGCGGAGGAGGCAGCAGUAGCGGCAGCAAAGCCUUCCCGCCCAAGUCCCUCCUGCUCAGCCCCCUGGCCAGCUCCCGCCUGCCCCCAGAGCCCGGGCUGCCCGACAGCUACGGCUUCGACUACCCCUCAGAUGUGGGACCUCGGCGGCUCUUCUCCCAGCCCCGGGAGCCAAGCCUAGGGCCUCACGGACCCAGUCGACACAAGAUGUCCCCCCCACCCAGCGGCUUCAGUGAGCGCGGUGGCGGAGGCGGAGGGGGGCCGCUCUCCCACUUCUACUCCGGCUCACCCACCUCCUACUUCACCAGUGGCCUGCAGGCUGGCCUCAAGCAGAGCCACCUCAGUAAGGGAGUCGGUGCCUCCCCGCUGGGCUCCGGCGAGGGGCUCCUAGGCCUCGGCCCAGGGCCCAACGGCCACAGCCACCUGCUGAAGGUGAAGACCCCCCUGGGUGGCCAGAAACGCAGCUUUGCUCACCUGCUGCCCUCGCCUGAGCCCAGCCCGGAGGGCAGCUAUGUGGGCCAGCACUCCCAGGGCCUGGGCGGCCACUACGCAGACUCCUACCUGAAGCGGAAGAGGAUUUUCUAAGGGGCUGGCCCCGAGGACAUUUGGGGCUGUGCUGUGUCGCUUUGGGGCUUUUUGGUGUUUUGUUUUGUGAUUUUAUUAUUUUUCCCUUUCGGGUAAUAGAGAACUCUCUGAAAGACUUUGCUGACCAACUGCCAGAGCCCGAGGAGUGCGGGUGCGCAGCGCUGGCCCGCCUGCAGGGAGAGGGGCCGCGGCUCCCUCUGCCCACUCCUGUCCUGCCGGGCCUGGCUGCUGCGCGGCCCUCCUGCCUUGUCACUCCUGGUUUGGGCCUUCGAGUGCCUUGGAGGUUUCCCUGACCUCCUGCGAGGAUCAGAGACCGUCUCCGCCCCCUUUUUAACUCUGACAGCUGACAUGUUUCCUUUUCUAAUUUUUAUUAUUUUUUAAGCCAGCCCUUGUGACCCCCACCCCGGCUCUGAUUCGUUCAAGGUCCAACCUGGUUGGGCCUCCAUUCCACACUUCCAAAUUCCAGCCGGCUCAGCCUCCUCUGCUGCUCGCCCUGGGCAGCGGCCCACUCUGGCCAGUGUCCUGCCUGCUCCCCUGGUCCCUGCCACCCCACCCCACCCCCGGCCUUCUGAUGCCUUAAAGCUGGGUGCAGCCCCGCAGGCCAGAGCCUCUCAGACAGUGAGCUCCGGAAGCUUGACUCAGGACCAAACGGCUCUGGCCGGGGCUGGCCCCUCCAUCCCCAUCCCGGGAUGUCUGCAGUCUGCUGGGAGCUGGCCGCCCCCGCCGAAUCCCUAAGGAGACACCCCAAACCCGGCCAGAGGAGAAUCCCGGACCGGCUUUCUUCUGGCCCAGUGCCAGAGACCAACAGCCCCCUGCAGACGGCGCCCGGGGUGACCCCGGGCUGGCCACCAGCUCCCCUCGCUGUCUCGGGGCCCCCCUCCCACACAGACCCUUUGCUGAAUUAAAGUUUGUAAGUAAAUGGUUUUAAAGAAA